CAUUGACUUAAACAAAGACUAGAGAUAAUGUCAGUUUUAAACAAUGUUUAAUUAAUUUAACUAAUGCAAGUUGUAUGUUUAAAAUAAUGUCACCCAUGUGAAAGAAGUACCGUCUCUUUUGAAACAGCUUUCCAAGAAGCCUCCAAGAAACCUCCAAGUUGAAACAUUAAUUAUUCCUCAAAAAUUCAUUUCCCCAAUCCCAGAUUGAAACAUCAACCUUCUCAAAAAUGAUUUAGCUCACUGAAAACCCCCCAAAUUUUUCUUCACCACACCAAAAAUGGCUGCUUAUUCUGCCGUCGCCGCUUUCCGGCAGACUCUGAAGCAGCUGCUGGAUUCCCACCAGUUUCCUACUCAUGUGUCGGAGUCUCAAAUCGAAUUCCUCCAUGAAAACGUCAAAUCCUUGCAAGAAUCUCUCGACAAAAUCGCCUUCGUUCCUAAACUGAAAAGGCCAAGUUUGAAGGAGUUGCAAAACAAAAUCAGAGAAGCCAUCUACGCAGCCCAAGACGAGGUGGAAUAUUGGAGCAGAGGCCAUUCACCAGAAAAAUCCGGUGGAAAAACCAUGGAGGAGCUAGCAGACGCCAUAAAAGACGUAGAAAAAGAGGCGGUGGUUCUAGAACAGGAGAUCAGAGACGACCCAAAAGCCCAGAAUCUGUUCUCCAACAAUGGCGACGAGCCUGCUUUCAAUUUCAGCGGCAAGGAUAAGAUCGUGGGACAGGAGGAAGACUUCAAAACAGUGACGGGGUGGCUGCAGGCGGACGACAAAGCGCGGCUGGUGAUUCCGAUCACCGGGCUGCCCGGCAUCGGUAAAACUACUCUUGCUAGAAGUAUCUACGACGACAAACAAACCAGGAUCCAGUUCAACAUUCGUGCUUGGGUGACUGUAUCUCAAGACGUGAACUACCAAGAGGUCUUCACCAAGAUCUUGAACACCAUGGAGAGCAAGAACUUUCAAGCAGGCCACUACGCCACCCAGGGCGACGAGCAUACGCUGCUCACUAAGCUGCAUCAGGAACUCUACAAUCUCAAAUACUUAAUCGUGGUGGAUGAUGUGUGGGAUACAAAAGCUUGGGAUCGAAUAGCACUGGCCUUGCCGGAUAAGGAGAAUGGGAGUCGAAUUCUUCUCACCACCAGAAUUGGGGAUGUUGCUGAUGCUCUCAAAAACUCUAGUUUUCUCCAUAAGAUGAAGCCCCUCGGUCUGGAGCACAGCUGGGAGUUACUCUGUUAUAGGGUAUUCGGUGACAGGCUUGAAGACCCCAAGGAUGAUAUUACAAAAUUCUGCCCUUCUCACUUGAAGGAUACUGGAAGGAUUAUCGCGGAGAAGUGUAAGGGUCUUCCUCUCUCACUUGUGGUGGUUGGAGGUCUUCUUAUUCAGGAGAGACAGCAGAUAGAUUACUGGAAACGGAUUGAAGAAGAUGUCGCUGAUGCUGCUACCAAAGGCGAAGACUCCUACUUGGAGAUCUUGGCUCUCAGCUACGUUUACUUGCCUGGUAAACUCAAGGGCUGUUUCCUUUACAUGGGAGCAUUCCCGGAAGAUUGUGAGAUUCGUGUCACCAAACUCAUCAAGUUAUGGGUUGCCGAAGGCUUCUUACCAGCACCAAAAGCACCAUCGGCGGCACCGGCACCAGCACCAGCAGUCCCCAACGUGGAACAAGUGGCACAGAAGUCGUUGGAGGAUCUUAUCGGGAGAAAUCUCCUUUCAAUUCGCAAGAAAAGUUCCAAUGGCGGAAUGAAGGCUUGUGGUAUGCACGACAGCUUACGGGAGCUGGCUGAGAAAGAAUGUGGAAUGGAGAAGUUCUUCUUCUCCAGGAAGAAAUACAAUCAGGAAGUAGAAGAAGAAUCCAAGCUCAAGAGGCGCGUAUCUGUUCACAGAAACAUUCUCAUGUGCCUCGAAGAAGUUUAUAACAAAACAAGAACGAUCACGCCUGCCCGGAGUCUUCUCUACCUCGGCUCCCACCACCACCACCCGAUGCCCUUCUUUUUAACUUUUGAUCUUCUCAAAGUGCUGGAUGCUUUCACUUGCUAUUUCAUCCAGUUCCCGGACGAGUUUCUUGAUCUUGUUCAUUUGACUUACCUUUCUUUCACAUACAACGGCAAGCUUCCCACAAAGGUGACGCACCUCAAGAAACUCGAGACUCUCAUGGUUCGUAGAGAGCCCAAGAUCAUCUUCGUGGGUGCAUCUUUUCUGCCAGACGAGAUCUGGGAGAUGCCGCUGCUGAGGCAUUUAUGGUUCACGGAAACGGAUUUCCCUGCUCUUCCGCCUGCUCCUCGGAACAUAACUCUGCUUUUCAACCUCCAGACUCUUGCAAGUGUGGAUGCUGCUUAUUUUACUAAUGAAGUCCUUGACAACAUGCCCAACUUGAGGAAAUUGGCAAUGUGGAUCGAAUCGCCGGGUAAGAUCAAUUUCACCGUUUCCAAGCUGACCAAGCUGGAGCAUUUCAGGUUCGUGGUGCUGAAUCCGAUCCCGGACAAAGGGAUUGAAGUUGAGUCGGCUGAGAGCUUCUUCCCGAGAACACUGACAAGGGUGACUCUGAGUGGCACUGGACUUCCAUGGGAAUACAUGAAAUUCGUUGCUAAGGAAUUGAAGGGUAUUGAGGUGCUGAAGCUCAAGGAGCUGGCCUUCAAUGGGCCGGAGUGGUGCCCCGACUGUCAGAUGAAGGAACUCAAGUACCUAUUGAUUGAAUACCUGAAUUUCCAAAAGUGGGAAGCAACUAAUUCCCAUUUCCCCAAACUCCAACGGUUGAUUAUGAGGCAUUGCUACGAGUUGGAGAAGCUUCCUGAUGAUAUUGUAUACAUUGGACCCCUUGUGGCGAUGGAGAUGGUGGACUGCAGCCCUCAAGCUGUGUCUUCCGCAGAGGAUAUUAUAGAUAAGGCGGAGUCCUUUAAUGAAGGCUUUGAAGGUCGCAUCUUUUCUUCAUGGGAAUAGAUACGAAUGCUUAACAGAAAACUUGGUUAUGAUUGGGGAUCGACUGUUGUUUCAUUUCUUUGCGGCGCUUUGUUUUGUGUUUGGUAUUGAUGAUGUAAAAUCCUGAUGGUGGUUUGUCUCCCUUAUGUUUGAAACUUAAAUAAAUGUGUUCCUGCCAUUGUUCUUUCUUGCCAUGUAGAUGUAUUGAGGGAUUUUAUGGGACUACCAAGAACUUGUUACACUUCAUUCGUAUUAUUCUAUUGAAGUAUGGCAUAUCUUUUCGAA